UUCUUUUAAGGUGUAGGAUAGGGCACAUCCAUUAAUUCAGCUCUUGCACACACUGUGACAUUGAUUGGCCCCCUGGACUAUCAGAGGUUUUAAAGGAAAGGCAACAUUAUCAAAUCAUGCUGGGCACAUAGUGAGAGAUAUGAAAGUUUUGGGGCAAAGGUUAUCGAUCUUCAAAUUUUCCUUGCUUGUAUUUGUCCUCUUCAUUGUCACUUCUUUCCUCUUUAUAUACUACCUGGAUUCACUUUGGAGACAAACUAAAAUUCAUUUUAAGGAAAAUGCUGAAAAUUCCAUCCCAGAGAAAAAUCAGAUUGAGCAGAAGAAGCAGAUUAUUGUAAAUCAGAUUCCCCCAUUUCUUAAGGUAAAGCAACAAAUGUUUGAAAUGGCACUGGACAAUGCCCAAAAAGAGGAAGAAGUCCGGAACAAUUUAAUGUCCCCCCAAACUACCUCUAAACCUCACCCUCAUAUCAACUACAACAUUCACAUCUUCUAUUACCCAUGGUAUGGAAAUCCUGAACAUGAUGGAAAGUAUUAUCAUUGGAACCACCCUUAUCUCCCCCACUGGGAGAAGGCAGAGGCAGCUAAAUGGCCGUCAGGGAAACAUGUGCCCCCCGAUGACAUUGGAGCUAACUACUAUCCCCAGCUGGGCCCCUACAGCUCUAGUGAUCCAACAGUUGUUGAAGACCACAUGAAACAGAUUCAGCUGUCUGGAGCAGGAGUAUUGGCCGUAUCCUGGUAUCCACCAAAUGAUGCCGACAAUGAAGGAAAACAACCAGACAAACUGACACCUCUUAUCCUGGAUAUGGCUGACAAGUAUCAGCUAAAGGUAGCAUUCCAUAUUGAACCAUUUAAAGGCAGAGACCACAAAACCCUGAAAAAUAACAUCAAAUACAUUGUUGACACUUAUGGAAAACACCCAGCCUUUUACAGACACUAUGACAGAUUGAAAAAGAAGCUUUUACCUGUGUACUAUAUUUAUGAUUCUUACCUUGUCAAGUCCUCAGAUUGGGCAGAACUCUUCAGUUCUAGCGGAUCGAUAUCCAUUAGAAAUACAGAAUAUGAUGGGAUAUUCCUGGGUCUCCUUGUGGAGAGGCAACACAAGGAGAGCAUCGCUAGUGCCGGCUUUGAUGGCUACUACACUUACUUUGCUACAGAUGGAUUUACUUAUGGUAGUUCCUGGAAGCACUGGAGAGAGAUCAUGAAGUAUGCAAGAGGGAGGAAAAUGUUGUUUGUCCCCAGUGUAGGGCCAGGGUAUGUAGACACCAGGGUACGUCCGUGGAAUGGAAAGAAUACUCGGUCUCGUCAGGACGGACAGUAUUACCGACUUGCUCUGCAGAGUGCAUUAGAUGUUAACCCUUCCUUGGUAUCCAUUACGUCUUUCAAUGAAUGGCAUGAGGGGACACAGAUAGAAACUGCUGUCCCUAAAGUCACUAAAAACUUCACAUACUCAGAUUAUGGAUCUGGAGGACCUCAGUUUUAUCUCAACCUUACCCGACAAUGUUUGUCAAAAUUUAAAACAGAAGAUUUAACCUAAGUACUGUUAUCAUUCAAUAGCAUUUUGUACUUUAAUAUUUAGUAAAUAUGAAACUCUAUUUUACACGUAUAUGUGGAUGAACAUAUAAUUUAUUUUGUUGUUAGUAUAUAUUUUUCAUUAAAUUCAUAUAGCUAUAUAUUUUAUAGCUAUGAUAAAGUGCCAAGUAA